GGACAGGUCAGCCAUAGCGACAUCCCCGCUGGUUCCUGGUUAUCGGCAAACACGUGAAAUUGAGAGUCUGAUCUUUAGCUACUCUUUAAAACCAAUGAUUUUUUCAAUAAAACAUUGUUACUUACAUUUAAUCCAAUGAGGAUUCGCUGGUGGAGUUUUCGGUCUUUCGUAAAGCGCUUGUUUGUGCUGUAGUGCCCUAGAAAAACUAGAGACAAGCACCACGUUAACUAAGUUUAGUUGGACAACAUCCCACAGGCCAUGGAGAAUCCUGAAGAAGACACCGUGCAGCUUCAUGGGGACGAGGAAAUCAUCGAAGUCAUUGACUUGAAUGACACAGAACAGACAACUACCGAUGAUCUUGCGGAGGAAUUGGAAGAUGUGGAUUUCGCCGAAGCUGAAGGGAAUCCAGAUGAUGAAGGCUGGGAGACCGAGGAUGAGAUGGACGCAGAGCAUGAUGACAGCGAUCUCACGUUCAAUAAACACACUGGUUCUGUUUUCUGUGUCAGCUUGGACCCAGUGUCAAACAACUUGGCCAUCACAGGUGGUGAGGAUGACAAAGCUUAUGUAUGGAACAUCAUUGAUGGAGAGAUGAUGUUUGAGUGCACAGGUCAUAAGGACUCUGUUACAUGUGCAACAUUUAGCCAUGACUCGAAGCUGGUGGCAUCUGGGGACAUGAGUGGACUGAUUAAAGUCUGGAAGGUUGAAGCCAAAGAAGAAAUCUGGUCUUUUGAAGUAGGAGAUCUAGAGUGGCUGCAGUGGCACCCCUGUGCACCAGUGUUGCUUGCAGGUACUGCUGAUGGCAAUAUGUGGAUGUGGAAGAUACCAAGUGGAGAAUGCAAGACUUUCCAGGGACCCAACUGUCAGGCAACAAGUGGAAGAAUUCUUCCUGAUGGAAAAAGAGCAAUGGUGGGUUAUGAGGAUGGGACCCUGCGUCUGUGGGAUCUUAAGCAAGGCAAUGCAAUCCACAUCAUCAAAGGUUAUGAUGGCCACCAGGGGCCACUGACAUCCUUAGAGUGCAACAAGGAUGGAACCUUGGUUCUCACAGGAUCGACUGAUGGACAGGCUAAACUUAUUAACACAUCAACAGGCAAGGUACUGGGUUCGUUUUUGAAUGAGAAAAGUGAGGAGAAAAGCACGAUGGAGGAGCAAGAUUCCAUCUCAGUAGAGUCUGUAGGAUUUUGCAAUGUGUUGCCCCUGAUUGCUGUGGCAUAUCUAGAUGGUUCUCUGGCCAUAUUUGACUUGACCACACAAAGCCUUAGACACAGGUGUAAACAUGAGGUAGGUAUUGUCCAUCUUCAGUGGGAGCAGACCUCGGCAUUGGUGGCUACCUGUAAUCUGGGUGGAAUUAUGACUCUGUGGGAUGCUCGCUCAGGAAAAAUGGUGGCUGAAUACCGUGGUCACACAGCAGAGAUCCUGGACUUCACACUCAAUCGAGACUCUUCCAUGGCUGUGACAGCAGGUGGGGACCACAAAGCAAAAGUCUUCUGUCUUCAGAGACCUGAUCGAUAGAUUAAGAGUGACUCUCCCCAUGAAGUGAAAUAACCAGUUAGACUGUUUUUAGAUACCCAGAGAAAGGUUUUGUCCUCUUAUAUUUUAUAGAGUGAUUUCAGCUGCUUCUCAGUUCGACAAAUUACGUGUAAUUUGGUGAUCACAAACUUGUUUGGACAGACUAGCUUCAGAAGCUUAAGACAUCCUGACAACUGUCAUUCAAAAAAGCUUAAUUUAUGUCUAAUCUGUUAUGUAUUACAUUUCAAAUUACUAAUUUUACCACUUUGCAUGACAAAGUAAACAGUCAAAAUGAGUUUGUUGAUUCCUGCUGAUUAAUUUUUGCUCAUGAACUUUGAAUUCUUUUACUUACAAUACAACCCAUUUUGACUUUUGUUUAGUUCAUUUAUCAGAAAAUCAUAAGGCACAUAUUGUCUAUGUACUGAUUUAAAAAAAAAAAUACAGCUGUAUUUUUCAGCCUAAUCUUUUUCUGUUUGUCAUGCAUGCACAUGACAACUUUGACAUGUUCUUCUCAGUACAUCACAACAAGGACAGCAGUUGUUGGUGGAAUCUAUAAACAUUUAUAUGGAAAAGCAUAUCGUGAUCAUAUGUUUUCCUGAAUUAUUUCAUUAAAAAUAUUUUUUUUUUUAAGAUAA